CUUCGCUGUUUCGAUAUCGUUUGAUUUUUGCUUGUUGAUGAACGAGCUCUAUUUUUAGUAAGAAGUUGUGUUUGCCACCGUCUAGAGACAGUCCCUUCAGAUCAAGUUAACCUGGUUUUCCGUCGAGCGGAUUAUAAUCGUUUCUCUGUAGCUCAAAACCGUAGACGUGUUCCGUCGCAGCGUGUUCUAGAGAAUCUAGUGCUAGAAUUCUAUCUUCUUCUGGAUUGGCUGUAUUCAAAUUGCUGUCAGCAUGUCGAACGAACUUGUGCGACAAGCGUUGGAAUUGGACGAUAGGCUGUCGGCGCCGUCUAAAGGCAAGAAGAAGAUUGCUCAGUCCAAGACAGCAAAAAGAAGAGAGCGAAGAAUACGAGCCAGGUCGCUUACAGCAGCCCAGAAAGAUCAAGGUCGUCAAGAAACCGUGGAGCGAAAUGUCCAGGCACUGCUGAAAAAUAGAAAGAAGGCGAUUACGACGAAGAGGAAGCUGAUUGAGAAGGUGGCCAACCAGCAAGUUCCCAAAUGGCAGCUUCCCGCCAAGAAGAAGAAGAAGGUGAAGAAGGAGGACAAGAUUCCGGACUCGGCGUACGACAUCUCGGACGUGCUCCUUUGAAGUCUGACGUAGUAGCCAUUGCCCACGGAACAUUAGAGAGUGCUGCUGGCAGCCACGUUGCUGUUUAUACAGAGUACUGAGUGAUCAAUUCUUGGACGUGAGAACUGUGUGCUGGGGCACUUGGAUCCCCAGCCCGCAUGCCCAGGUGCUGUUGUAUUCUGAUCAAACAAAUCCAAUCACUUGAGCCGCCAUUGAGAGUUGGCGGAGAGCAUUUAACUGGAUGGUUCUAUAGAGACAUGGACAGCAACGUAAGACUGCCUUAGAGUGCAGGUCUCUGUGUUGACUAAAGUACGCCUCCCCUGCGCCUGCUGGAACUGGUUGCCACGUCGGAGUGUGCUUACAACGACAAGUAUCGUGAGACAACCGUGCCAGACUCUGCUUCAAGCGUUAUGAAAGCGCAGAGUGAUACUGGUCGCGCUGAACCUCGAUCAUAUUGGCCUGCACUCUGAACUCUCAAAAGAGCUCUUUACCUCAAACAUCUCUGCACAUCACCGUGCUGAAGUACAUCGUGGUCCCCCGGACUCCUGCGUCUAUGGCAGAUCAUUGCCAGAACCCCCUUUUUUCUUUUCUUUUAUGCCCUUUCUCAAUGUUCUAGUACCCGUUAACGGUCUUAGUGGCAACUGUCGCCCUUUUGUUUUAGUUUCCCCGCCACCCAUGCCAUUGGCGCCCUUUCGAUCAUGAGGCCUUCAAGUUCAGCAAGCUAUUCUCUGUACAUGUGGUGUGCUAGCUGUGAUCAAGAUCCAUCGUAUACGUAUCAGCUGACCAUCACAAACGUUCUUUGCGGCAUAUUGAUAUUUAUACCAUCACACUCUGGUGUUCAGAUGCCAGUCGUGUUGGCAUGGCGAUGUGUCUUGAAUCACUGAA